AUGGACAGUAAUGCGGCCGUGCAUAAUCCCAACUACGAAACCUUCAGAGAAUUUGUCUCCCAAGCUCUUAUUCACAGAGAUGCAAGAAAAGCCCCAAAGACUCCCCUCCGGCGGAAAAAGAAAGUGUCUGCGCAACCCGGUGAUUCAGAGAAGCCUCUCUCGACCGAACUCGAAGCCAAUGAUCCAGAAGAGCUAGCAAAAUUCAUUGAUUAUAUUGCAGGAGAAACAUUCAACUCCCUGCCAGAGGAAGUUCAAUCACUCUCCUAUGCGACUGUUCAAAGCAACAGUGGUCUUGCAGACAAAUACGUUGACCCACUACCACUCUCAACGCUCGACAGAUUAACCGCAACGGUGCCGUUAUCAGUAUCUGAAUCACUCUCUGUCUACGGCCUCAUACCAGACCCAUCUGACUUCCCAACAUUCUUGAACCCAAUUCUCACCGGGUAUAUCUCUGUUGUGCAGGCCGGUCCGCCCAACUGGCCCAGUACGCGGGCCUCGGCAUGCGAAAUAUGUGAACGCGAUUGGAUCCCCUUAACAUACCACCAUCUAAUACCGCGAGAGGUACAUGCCAAAGUGCUCAAGAGGAAGUGGCAUGAGGAAUGGAUGUUGAACAGUGUCGCCUGGCUUUGCAGAGCUUGCCAUUCCUUCGUUCACAAGAUGGCUUCUAAUGAAGAGCUGGCAAAGGAGUGGUAUACUGUUGAGCGGAUUUUGCAAAGGGAGGAUGUCCAGGGCUGGGCAAAAUGGGUCGCUAGAAUCCGGUGGAAAGCAAAAUGA